GAAACUGAAAAGUGAAGAAAAUUAAAAAAGAAAUGUUCUUUGAGCAGUGAUGGAGGGCAGCUGGCACGAGUAUGUGGCAAGUCGGAAAAGCUAGCCGAGACCAAACGAAAUAUAAAACUAAUCUCAAUUAGUGCAAUGUUGAAAAAGGGACUCGGGCAGUCUCCUUGUAGAACGCCAUUAGUCUGCAUGAAUUAUUAUGAUUUUGUUGCGUUGUCAGCUAUGGUUACUGGUCAUAGAAUUAAGGUGUAGGAUGUCUUUUGCAGCGGCAAUGCCACCGAUGGAAACUACUCUCUUGUGAUGGGCCUUGAGGCGCUGUUGUAAAAAUUGCAGAAUAAAAAAAAAUUGUCGAUUGUAGCGCUCCCGGUGGAAGAGGGCAUCGUUUACUCGUCUUGCGAAGCGAAUGCUUGGGGCAGCUGGCAGGUGUUGGUGAUGUUUGUCCGCAUCCGUCUGUCAGUAGAAUGUUUCGACCCUUAAGUGUUGUGGACUUCGUUUUCCGAUAAUAGUGAUUAAUGCUGGAUAAUCAAAUUAAUAUUGGUUCCAAUCAAUAAUGGCAUCAAUGAAAAACAGUCUGAGAAAUGUUAGUCCACGCCCAGAAAUUGCACGUUGUAAGGAAUCAAGAGAACAUUGGCUUGUCUAUAAUGUGAGAAAAGAAAUUAGAGUGUGGCCAGAAAAAUUACAGAAUUUAUUCACCGAAAUUGAGGGUGAGGUCGAUGAGGAAAAUGAAUUGUUAAAGACAUUUCAAGAUCUGGUUGAGCUAAACAGGGUUGUUGAGGGUGAGGUUGAAGUCAGCAAUUCAAAAGAAUAUGUCAUGCUUAUUGAAAAAUGUUUGAAUUAUCUGAAUGAAAAUGCCCCAUAUUUACCCCCUUGUAAGGCCCCCUAUUAUGAACCAGAGAGUGCCAAUGUUACUGAAUUAUCUGAUAAUAUUCCUGUAAACACUGAUAAUAUUCCUAGACAGAUUCCUGUAAACACCAGUGGAAGCUGCUUUUGGUUAACUUUAGCGAUUGUUGUGCCAGUCUUGUCAGUGUGUAUAUAUAUUUCUCUAAAUUCACAAGUUAAUACAGAUGUUGAACCUAACAAGAUAGCCGAGUGGACACAAAAUAUUAAAGAUUUACAAAAACAAUUCCCAUCCCAGAAUGAAAAGAUAUGGUUCAGUAUAAUGUCUGGGGUGAAGACAAUUGUGACUGAAAAACCUACAAAGCCAAGUGUGCUUCUUUUGUUGCAUAAUGAUAAGAAAACAUCAGCUUGUCUUGCUGAUCAAGUGGGACAGAACGCAGUCAGAUUGCUCAGUGACACAUCACAGAAACCUAUUGUUAUCCAAGGAGAAGAAUUAAAGUUGAAUGACUCUCUUACAAAGGAUUAUGGUUUAUUUACAGAGUCAUAUAAACAUGAUAUUGAAAAGAUACAUGUUAUGAUUGUGCAUGACCUUCAGGAAGUUCCUGGUACAAUUGCUCAGACAUUUCACGUUCUAUGCGAUGUAGAAAAUCCUUUAGUUCGUAAUGCUGCAUUUUUAUUCACUAUGCAGGUGGAUGAAAAAGAAAAAAAGACUCCAACAAAAAUUGCUGAAGACUAUUUGAAGAAUAUAUGGAAAGAUACAUUGUCCGAUGAUAUACUGGAUCCUUUGAUAACAAGAAUUACUGAUGCUGUGGAGUCUGUGAAAAUGGAAUCAAUCUUACCUUGUUAAAUGUUGUUUUGAGACUAUUCCUACACAACUGCAAAGUUAAGAACUAUUGAACCUAAAUAUCUCACACUGUGGUAUUGGUGUUAGUGAAGAACGACAUGUUCAUACCUACUUCACUAUAUUUAUGAAGCUGAAUAAAAAUUGGGAACUUGGUUUUUUGUUUAUCCUCUGCUAAAGUCCACAUCUAUUAUGCUGCAAGUUACAUUCCUGAAUUUUCUUAAUUUUUUUAUUUAUCAAAAACUAUUAAAGUGUAAAGUGUGAAAUGCACAAAGGAUGUUUGGGAGCAAACUUUAUAACAGCUAAAGUGUUCAAAAUGAAUCUUGCUGUUAAAACACUACAUACGUUAAGAUCACUUUAGGCAUUUUACUUGCUGCUUGUGUAGUCUCCUUUUAUUUUGAGAAGUUAAUGAUCAAGUGAAUUUCUGUAUAAAGUUUUCUUUCCAAAAAGUUUUACAUUUCAACAUUAAUCAUAACCUGCAAAUAGGUUAUUUGACUUCCAUACUAAAAUCUCAGAUUGAUCAGCAAAGUUAGGACAAAAAUAAAUGCAUAAUAAAAACAGGAAAGCUGUAUGUUUGCCAUUUUUGCUUCAAUGAUUUAAAACUUACUUAUUGUAAUCUGAAAUUGGUAACAUUUCAAAUUCCAAUUUUUUAUAUACACAAACUCAUAAUAAAUUCAAGUGUGGUAAAUGAUAAAACAUGCGUAUCCAAAUUUUCUGUUGAUUUACUUUAAUAAAAGGCAAUAGAACUUUACAUCUGUUUCUUUUAUUUACAAUAAAGUCUCACUCAGCAUAUACUGUCAGUAAUAAUUGUUUUUCCAGAAAGUUCCAACAGUUUAUUCAGUAAAGCUGUAUGCAAUUAAAUGACUAGGUUUUAAAUAGAACAUGUCAAUUUUGUUUUCACCAUCCAUUGCAACACAUUCCAUAGAAAUGUACAAAGUUCACCCCUCAUACUUUGCGUGACAACUAGCAAUAUGAAUUCAGAUUAGUAGUCAUCUUUUCCUAUUGUCAAUUCAAAAAGAGCUGCUUCACCUGCAGUCCCAAGUUUUACUUCAGCGUUUGAAGAUUACUAAUUAUUGCACCAACCUAACAAUAUACUCUGAACUGCAUUAAGAUUUUAAAAUAUAAAACUAGCUCACUAAAUCAGUAAUACACUAAGUCUUAACAGUUGGGGGGGGGGUUAUUAACCAUUUCAUGAUCUACAAGGUGCCAAAGCACACAAAAUAAAACAAUAUUCAAAAGCAAAAUGAACAAUUUUAAUUGCUAAACAUCUCUGGUGCAUCCUUGAAUUAGCAAACUGGUGAUACUGUUUAAAUACAUCAGGAAAGUACACCACUGGUGAUAAAUCCGAUGGAAGUACACAUGCAGCAUGCAUGCAGUAAUGUCUUUAACAAUUAGUGCAGUAGCUGCAAGAGAACCAAGUAUCACAGUUCAAACUUGAGAGAAACAUGCAUGUUCUAUUUACCACUGGAAGUACUUAGGAUCAAAAUUUUGUUGGUCCACAGUCAAAAGAAAGGGAUAGAACAGUCAAAGAUUCAUUAUUUUUCUCUCAUAAUAACACUACCAUGAAUCAUGUGACAAAGUUGUAACUACUACUUGAAUUGAUAAAUAUUUUUAUGUCCCUUAUGUUAACAUUUCAGUCACAUUUUUAAAUUUACAUUCAUAUAGAUAUAUUUAUACAUUCAUGUAAAAUGAAAUGUUUGAAAGCACCACAUUUCAAAUUAACAAAAUUUAAAAAAUAAAAGAAGAAAAGACAAUGAAUAAAUUUUGCUCAGUCAUAUAUUGCAUAACAUUUUCUGUAUUAGAAAUUUAAUUUAACAAUUCAACAAAGGAAAGAAUAAUCUUGCUCUUGCCACAUCAACUUAAAUAAUUUGGUAUCACUGCAAAACUUCUGUAUGCUAAGUUUUCUUACAAUGCACAAAUACAAUAUCAGACACUUAGCCCCCAAUGAACCAUAAAAAAUGUCAAAUACAAUGGUGGCAUUACAUGUCCUUCAGAUACAGUUUAUAGAAAUACGCAAAUACACAAAAGUGAAAAAUGUUGAGACGUUAUACAUAUGUACUGUUACAUUUUGUCUGACAAUAAUAAUAAUAAUAAUAAUAAUAAUAAUAAAUAU